UGUACGUCACGUGGGCUCUCCAGCGUUCCCACACUUUUUCCCUAAUUAUCCAUCCAGUUCAGCAGCUGAAAUGUUUCAAGCCGAUAGCUUGUUUGAAGAUAACACUGGGGUCUCCUAUUUUGGAAGCUGAAGGUAUCUUUUUCAAUUAAGAUCUGUCAGGGUUUUGUAAACAGCAGCAAUGAGAUUGGAGAGCCCUGCAAGUCACAAGGCAGAUCCAGUUUCACAUCUCUUGGUAACUACAAGGUUAGUAUUUUUUUUAUUACUAUUUCUGCGAGAAUAUUUUCAUGAUGAAUGAUCAGGGAGAAGGAACUUUAGGCUUUGGGUUGUGGUUCCAUUGAUACAGAGACUGCCUGAGCAUCUUGUCAGUCAGAGUCCAAACUUUUUAUCCACUUGAGAAGGAUUAUACGAUAGAGGAGUCAAAAUACGGUACUUAAGGUAUCUUUAUUGGAUUUCAACUGCCAUCACACUCAGCAAGUAAGAGGUUGACAUUUCACAAGGGGACGAUCACAUCACACAUUAUGCUAUCAUUAUUGUUGGAAUUUUUAUAGCGUCAACAUUUUCCGCAGUGCUUUACAAUAUUAAUGUGGGGAUAUCACAGCAACGAAGGAGUAAAUUAUUGGACAUGUUAACAGGAAACAAGAGAUUAUUUUGGACUCUGCUCAGAUAAGCUUACAAUCUAGUAGAUAUUUAUAUGUAUAUUGUAUUGUAUGAAUAUUUGCUCAGUGUACUGCGGUGCAGAAGAUGUUUGUGUUUCAGCGGUUUAAUUGCUUGUUUACAGUAUCUCAGUAACACCAUAAAGGUAAAUGAUUUAAUGGUGAAUUUGUAUCAGUCUAUAAGUUUGUACAAAUGUAUAUCAUCAUAGUUCCCAAAAUAUGUUUAUUGACACAAAUGAGGAAUAUUUAAAUACCCAACAUAAUUAUAUUAGCAAAUAAGAACUCCCAAAAAUGGUUCACAAAAACACAGCAAAUGGCUGUUACAUUUGGGAGUUGUAGUUGGCUAUAAUCAGAGUUCUGGUAUUUGAAUGCCCAAGAUCUAAAAUGAACAAGUUAAAACAGACGCAUGAGCCACAAAAGUAUAAAUACUUCAUCUUAAAUGUCACAUUACACAGCUUUACUAUGUCACUCGUAUACUUUGUUAAUCUAUAUAAAGUGCUGAGGGCAAGGGCACUAAAUAAGAAUGGUUCAAUAAUGAAAUACAUUUAUUUUUUACAUAGAUUUUUAAGGUUUCCAAUAUUAAAAUCCAUGAACAUGUUGAUGAUGAAAUCAUUCUUAAUGUCAUUGCUUCUUUUGACUAGUUCAAUUUAGUGCAAAUUUUAGGGCAAAGAAAAGUGUAAAAUAGUAAAUCGUGCAAAAUAGUGUAUCGUGGAGCAGAUGUAACAUGAUGGAUAUAACAGAUUUCACACAUCUCACUGGUAACCUAAAGGUUAAUGCAAUACACAGGACUAGAGAGAUUGUAUCUCUACAUUUGCUUAGAAUUAUGAGCAAUGAUGAGCACAUUCAUUUGGUGCAGAAAGAAACUGCAGGCAACACAUCUGCAUUAAAUGCAAAUAUGUAUGGCUUUAAAGGGUCGACCUUCUUUGUAUCACUGUAAAUAUAUAUACUGUAUUUGUGUUCCAUGAUGCACUAACAUUUUUCCCUUUUACACUACUCCAGUAUUUUCUAGCUAAAUACCAGCAAUGACUAAUUGUGGUUAAUUUCUCCUGGUAAAAAAUAAAACUAGGUAUAUAUUUAAAAUAUUUAUAAUAUAAAUAUAUGUAUGUAUUUGAAAUAUUUUUGUUCUAUGGACAUCCCCAAAUUUUAGGACCAGAAUGAAAUAACUUAAACUUGGGGACAGAUAAACGCAGCUGAGUUGCAUUUCGAAUGCAUAACCAGGAAAGCUAGGGGACAGACUGAGUCCCUUUAUUAUUUUUUAUUUUAAGCUUUUUACUAGCCAAGAACAGCAGAUAACAUACUGUGAUUUCUAUCCUGAUAUAACCUGAUGUUGGCACACACUGUAGAUGUGUGGGUUGGCACUUUUUUCUUUCCCCCUAGUCAUUUCUAGAAGCUGAUGAUUUUACUGGUCAGAGGGCUUGUCAAUUUCUUAAUUUCCUGGGCAUGUCUAACUUUAAUUGAGUACUUAGUUUUAUGGGCCACAAAGCUAAUUUUCCGGUCCGCGUGCACCUCCCACGCCUCCCCCGUCUGUGAGUCCCUACAUUGGCUUCCAGUAAGAUAUAGGGCUCAAUUGAAGAUUCUGGUGCUUGUUUACAAGUUCCUACAUUACAUAAUGCUGCUCUAAAAUUCCUAUCCUCUUUAAUAAACAAGUAUGUCCCGUCAAGGUCCCUGCGCUCUGCCGAAGACCUACGUCUAUCCUCUGUCUGUGCUCCCACAUCUGAUGUUCACCUCCAAGACUUCUCCAGGGCUGCACCUUUUCUAUGGAACUCCAUUCCCUUCUCUGUUAGACUUUCACCCAGUCUCCACUCCUUCAAAAAAUCUUUGAAAACACACUUCUUCAGGAAAGCAUAUCAUUUAAACUAUUAGCAUGUUUUCAUUCCCCCCCAUGACUCCUCUCCUGCAACUGUCAAAAAUAACCUACUAAAUUCUCAGUGAAUACUUUUCUAGCAACCUAUUUCAUUACCCCUACUUAUACCCUAGGUGUCACUAUACCCCACUCCCUCUAGCAAGUAAGCUCAUUGAGCAGGGCCCUCAACCCCUCUGUUCCUGUGCUUCCAUUUGUCUGGUUACAAUUACAUAUCUGUUAGUCCACCCAUUGUACAGCGCUAUAGAAUUUGCUGACGCUAUAUAAAUAAUAAAUAAUAAAAUAAUAAUAAUAAUGUCCCAAAAGAGAAUAGGAAUCCUCGAUGGCCUAGCAGUUAUCUCAACUUCCCCAAGCAUUAUGUCUUUGUCCAGCAGAUGGAAUAGAUGCUAGGAAGCCUACUGACCAGGAAUGGUCCGAAACCCAUGAGGACCAUUACUUGUAUCAGUCGGAGUAAAGGGAACAUAGGAACAUACUAGGAACAUUGUAUGAACAUGUAUGCACAUGAAAUAUCAGAACUAAAGAACAACAUAUAUGAUUCUGGAUUACAGAAUGCAUCCAAUUCCCAAAUACAGGGCCAGAUUAAGAGCCCAUUGGGCCUGGUGCUGACAGUUAUGAUGGGCCUAAUUACUGAAUUUUAUCGACAAAAAACACUAAAACAGUCAUACCUCCCACGUGCCAUGUAUGUGGUAGAGGUGGUGCUGGAGGGAAACUCACAAGAUGCAGCUAUUAGAAAACACAUACCCUAUGUGCUAAUCUCUUGCUUUCAUCUUUCAAGUAAAUCCAUAACCCCUAAAAGCAGGUCCGGUGAAGCAGGAUGUCGGUGGGUGGCGUAAAAGGGUGUGCCACUGAUGCGAAUCACGUAAAUAGAACCACCACAGAGGUGAACAUGCCCAAAAAGAGGACGUGUCUUCCCAAAGAAUUGGAAGGCCAGUCUGGAGUGAAUGCAGGCUGGCCAACUAAGGGCGUACUAUGUAGACAGCAGCCUGAGCAUGGCAUAAAUGUGUAAUAAUGUGCUCACUCCAUGCUUUCUAAGGAUUGUUUUGUAGCACUCACUUGUCCAGUUCUCUCCUUACUUUCUUACUAAUAGGCAGAAGCUCCUGGUAUACAGUCUGGGACAGAGAAAAGUUGAAUGUAUUGAUUGUAGAAGAAAGUGAACAUGCCACAGUGUUAGAGAGACCGAAGCAGCAAGAUUAUUUGCAUAGUGCACAAAGUCAGCUUUACCUUAACUAAUUUCAUUGUCAGCCUGCACACACAAUCCCCUGACCCCUACAUCCGUCUUAAGUUUCCAUACUUAAGUAAGAGCAAGUUUUUUUUUUUUUUUUUUAUCAAUGGGCCUAUUCCACGGGCAUGAGCCUGGAGCUAUGUCAGCCCUGCCUUUAUAUAAUAUUAUAGAUGUAUAACAAAUGGAAGUAACGAUAUGUUCUACAACCAUGCUAGACUAGGCCGGGAAGGAACACAAAGCAAAGCAGAAAUGGACUAAAAAAGACGCACCAGAUCAGGACAUCAAAGACACUCAGGAUCUGAUUAUUCAGCUAUCGUCACAGGUGGACGCUGUACACAAUAUUUUUGGAAAACAAUAUCUAAUCUCUGGGAACAAAGACUAGCAGGAUUCUAAAGGCAUGGCCAUUUGUGUGUUAACAAGUGGCAUUAAGUAAACAAUGCCCAAAGGCUACCUUCAUGUAUGCCAUUUUCUACUUAUUUACCCAUUACACAUUUACAUAUUAUAUAUAUAUAAUCUUUAAUAAUUUAAACAUCAAACAACAUAACUUAACAAUAUAACUUAACAAUUUUCCUUAAACAUACCCGCCCUUGCCAAUCAAUUAUCCGUGACCUCGGAACUCACCUGGGCACUUGCCCUACCCCUCAUCCCAGCCACCACUGGCCACAAAACCUUGCCUUCCCCCAAGAUCAUGCUAACCACUAGCUGACAUUUGGUUCAGUGGGCAGGUCUGUAAUAAACCAUACCUUAACUUCACCGAGGCUAGGGGAGGGAUUGGUCCCACUUUCCUUCACACCCAUUGGACUCAUCCAGUACAACCCAUGAUUGGCAAGGACAGCCACCCGCCUGCUGUCAUGAAAGGCAAGUGAGAAAACAGUGAAACAUAAACAAAGCAACAACCUAACUAAAGGGAGACAGGGAGGGGAACAAUUCCUAGCCGAUUAUAAAAUGGCAGGGGGGAAGUACAGAACAUGUCUCCGAUUUAUACCACCCUACCCUGCCAAUCACUUACUGCUGACCACACCCAGCCCCACCCUUUCACUUUUUUGUACACACCCUCAGACUCACACAUGCUCCUUGAUCUGGCUAGCUCCGGGUCUAACAGGCAAGUAUUAGAAACAAAAUGAGUUGGGUGCACAGGAACAGAGGGUUGAGGGCCCUGUUUAAACUAGCAUACACUCAAAAUGGUGCGAGGUAAAGUGACAUAAAAGGUAAUGGUUGAUUGAAUUUCACGUAUAAGAACACAUAGGUUACUAUAAUAGUUUUAGUUAGUUUUUUGGAUGACACAAAAACAGAAGAAGCAAGGUGAGUUACCAAGGUGUGGAGAGGAAAAGCUAUUACUGUGAUGGGGCGAGAGGACAGAAGAAGAGCAGAGACAUCUUCUGGCAUAACAGGUUCGAGUGCAUAGAACAGAGGAGGGAGUUGGGUAGGGGGAAGUAUUGGUAGGGGUAGGAGAGAGAGUAAAGAUCUUUUCCCUGAUCGCAAAAAUAUUAUCAGUAAAGUGAAUAGUAAAGUUUGUAGCUGUCAAGUUAGUAGGAAGAGGAGCAGCGACAGGGCAAAAAAGAGAGUUUAAAGUGUGUAAGAGGUGUUUGGGUUUUUGUAAUGAGUAUGGUUAUGAGGGUAUUUAAGUAGAUUAUUUUUGCAGAGUAAAGGACCAAAUUGUACGAGCUUAGCAUAAAUUUAUAGCGUAGAGGAAGUCAGAUGCAGAAUAAGACUUUUCCCAGCAAUGUUCAGCAGUUCUAGAGCAUUUUUGGAGAUAUUAGGCCUGCUUGGUGUGCCAUGGUUGUCAUCGAAAACGCUUACAACAUUUAAAUGUAGGAGGUGCUGAGAGCAGUCGAGAGGCAUCAGAGCAGUUAGAUUUGUUGAUCGUGAUGUUAAAGUCCCCAAGGAAAAGGGAAGGAGUGUUUGAAGAGAGAAAGUAUUCAAUAAAUAAGCUAUGAUGACCAGCGAGGAGAUAAAUAAUGGCAAUUCUUAACGGAGUGAGUUUAAAUAGGCGGACAGUGUGAACUUCAAACGAAGGAAAGAUAAGGCGGGGCAGGGAAGAUUGGUUAAAAGGUAGAAAGGGAGGAGAGAAGAAUGCUUACACUAUAUCCUUUACAGUUGCUGAGUCUGGAAGUGUGGGAUAGUAGGUCACUUAAAGAAGCAGGAGUAAUGCCAUCAGAAGGGGACAGCCAGGUCUCUUGAGUUCUAGUAUGGUGAGAGACUUUAAAAUGUUAUGUAUAGCUGUAGAUUUGAGUUUGUUGCAGAUAGAGUGGGCAUUCCAACAUAAGGACAACAAAGUGAAAAUGCACACAAAGUGUAGUGAUAAAUGUUACCCUUGGUUUGUUUUUUCAAUAAACAACUUUAAAUCUAGGACAAACAGAUAAAAAGAGUUUCUCAUUGUGAAUUAUAUUAUUUAACUCUCUUAGAUUCACACAUAAUGGUCACACUCGCUCUUUAAGGAACCAGCAUUAUCAUCUCUACUUGCAGAUUCCACCAUUAGUUCUUUGGAGUGAUAAAUUCCACAUUUAAUGUUUAUCUUCUAGAUUUUCCAAACACUAAAUUUUUGACAUACGAUGGGACACAAAGCAGGAGAUUAAAAGCAAAUACUAUAUAUUUUUUAAAAGUAAAUUCUUACAUGUAUGCUUAAAGCCUUCCACAUAAGCACACCGCGUUUCAACCUGAGUCUUCAUCAUGGUGACCAAAAAGACAUAGUACAUUUUGCCUUUUAAAAGCUGCCUCCACGGUACAUUUGCAUAAAUUGUUCUGGUUUCAGGCAUUCCAGAGUGCACACUGAACAUUGGUAGAUGAGGAUAAAUGGCAGUGUGGCUUCUGGCUGGCUUAGUGUAAGCAGAGGAGAGGAUUGGUCCUAAGUUGGGAAAGACAUCAUCAGCUGCUAGAAGCAAAAGUAGAGACAUUGACAAGAGGCGAGUGUGUCUUUUUAUGCAUGGGGUCUAGGAGAAACAGUACAGAGAAAUGAGUGCAGGGUGUGAGAUGAGAGAAGAGGAAAGUGUAGCAGUGAGGGGAAGAUGUGUAGGUUGCUGGGAGGUCGAAGUAAGUGGAGGAAGAAGUAAUGUUGAUACUGAGGGAGGAGAGGGAAAAGAAGUGGAGGAGAAGAGAGAGCAUUGCUCAGACAAGCAUGCAAACUUUCAGAAAGACUUGGAGAUGGGGCAGUAGGUCAGGAAUGAUGAGGAGAAGCGAUGCAGUGGUGUAGAAUGUUGGUGAAAGCAUAUUGGAUUGAUUUGCCAUAGUACAAGUAGGAGGAUGGAGGAUGAAGAUUGAAGAUUGAGUGUGAGGGGUCAUUAAUAAGUCUUAUUGUCUCCCUCCCCCAGACUACAGCUACUAAAUAGAUCUAGUUAUUAAGGAUUCUUGUAAAAUGUAAUUCUCAGGCUGGAAUAAGUUUGGCCCAGUCAAUUCUAAGCAAGUACCUUUGAGGAUAGUUAGUUAGUUAGUUGCUGCAUGUUCCUUAAACCCAGUGCAUCUGGAUAUUUAGUGGUGUUAUUUGAGUGCGGUAAAGAGGCUGCUUGUGAUGCUGUGUGUGUUGCAAGGUUGGUUGUGUUGUUUUGUGAGGAGACUGCUUGUGGCAUUGCUUCUUUCUGCAUUCUUUCGGCAGCUUCCUGUUCUCUAUCUAAAGUAGUGGAGGCAGGGAGUAGUGACCAAUUGUAAAAUGGUUUGACUACUUACAAAGGGAGAGGCUCAAUCGACCCUGGGCACCAUAAUCUUAAUCAUAAACUGUAGUUACGGUGCUUAGAGUGUUCCUAUUAUAGAUUACUUCUACAAAAAGACAUUUAUCUACACGUUGCUCACAUGUUCAUAGAAUAAAAUGAAGUUAAUCUGAAACAAUCUAUAACAUAACCUACAUAACAUUAUUAUAAACAUGUUGAUUCCUGUUAAUUAUAUUUAAGGAUGCAUGCCAGUAUCUCCAGUUCCUCCAAUUUCAUUUUACCUUCCAGUUUACAUUUCAAUAACUGUAUGUUGGUGUUUACAUAGUUACAAUUGAUAUACUAAGUCAUACACAAUAUUAAACCGUAUAUUUUAUUAUUAUUAUUUUUUUUUAAAGUUCACAUUUGUUUCCUUAUGAAAUUUCCUACAUGGGUGCCACAGAUUCCCUUAGUUGAAAAACAUUUUUGGGAACAGCUUAAAUAUUUUUCUGAUGUUGUGCCAGUUUUCACAGUCAGCAUGUACUGUUCGAUGAAAAGUCUGUUUGGCUUGCUCCCUGUGUUGUAUUUGGACAUCAUCAUUAGCAUAGUACUGAGAGGAGCCUUUCAAACAAAUAUUUCCGAACCUUGAAGUCUCUCUGAGUAAAUUUAAACUGAAGAAUAGAGGUAAAAAAGAGCAGAAAUACAAGUGAGCUAGUCAAAGCACUGAAGAAGAACUUUACAAGACGCCAUAUGAUGUUUUUAGUAUAUUUUAAGUGAAUAUUUCAGGGUUUUAUCUUAUUAUAUUUACCUUCCAAAAUGGUCUAAAUUGUGUAUCUUUUUUGUAAUUAAAUAAAUAAGGAAACUAAUCAAUCUCUGUAAAAUCCAACAUUUUGCCUUUUGUUUGUAAAGCCUGUAUAACAAUAUGUUCAACCAGUGUACCAUAGCACAGUAAAGUGUGCCAUGAACACAUUGACUUCUGAGCUGUAAUAUGUUGAAGGCAGUAAAACUGGUUAGUCAAUUAAGGAGUCUCAAGUAAGACUGUAAGUAAAAUCGAUAUUUAGAAGUAAGUGUGACUUGAUCCAGAAAAAGUCUCAAUUGUUCUGAGUGAACUUUCCUUCUUCACAGACAAUUAGGAAAAAUGACCUGCUAGCACAUGGAUUAGAUAAAUUAAUGGGGAGUAACAGUGCAAAUUAGGACGAUGAAGGAUGACUACUCCCCAAAAUGUAAGAUUCUGGAAAGUUGAUAUUUUUAUUGCUUAAGCUAAGAGAGGCUUAGAAUAAUAUAUUUAUAUUUUGGCCUUUUUGGACACUUGCAUGGAAACACAGCAAUGGCAAGAUGGGGGUGAUGUACAAAAAGUUCAAACUAAAUCUAUGGAUUAAAGAGACCAUCUAGAAACAUAGAAACAUAGAAUGUAACGGCAGAUAAGAACCAUUCGGCCCAUCUAGUCUGCCCAAUUUUCUAAAUACUUUCAUUAAUACUUUUAUUAAAUACUGAUCAUUAACAGCUUCUUUUCAUGCUCUGCAAUAUCUGUCUACAAGAUAUUGCUCUCUCCUGGUGCUCUUCCUACCUCUCCCAGUGCUCUUUCAGUGUUUCUUCCUCUGGCUCUGCUUCUUCUCCCCAACUCCUCUCUGUUGGUGUCCCCCAAGGUUCAGUCCUUGGUCCCCUACUGUUCUCUAUCUAUACUGCCUCCCUUAGUAAACUCAUUAGUUCCUUUGGCUUCCAAUAUCAUUUAUAUGCAGAUGACACGCAAAUCUACCUGUUGUUACAAAGUUCCUUCUACAAAAGAAAAAAUCAAGUAAAAAAAGGCGCUGUGUAUUAUUAAAAGUGAAUAUAAAAUACCAUAAAGGACAAGCAGCACUAAUUAAGAGUAAAAUAGCUCAGAAAAGUGUAAGUGUUCUUCUUUUAUAUAUUGUAUCACUUGGACACUUUUUGGAAGAUACACUAUAUUUUGAUUUUGCACUUUAUGACCUGCUUUUGCACUUUAUGAAUACAAUAUAUGCACAAUGAUGUACACAUGAAUCACUAUUCUAAAAGGCACAGCACACUUUUUUUCUCUUUUUCUAACAAAGUUCCCUCUGUUUUAUUUCAUGAAAGAACUGUCUCGGAUCUCCGACCUCUCCUUCACGUCUAUCCUGUUGCUUCCAUCUCAAAAGCAUUGCACGCAUCCAAUCCUACUAACGACUAAGGUGCUGGUCCAUUCCACUGUCCUUUCCACUUCUCAGUAGUCUUACGUGCUCCCAACUUGCGCCAUUACAGUCCAUAAUGAAGGCGGUGGUAAGGCCCAUCUUCCUGUCCGCCCACGCCUCACCUUCCUGUCAGUCCCUACAUUGGCACCUAUAAGAUAUAGGGCUCAAUUUAAAAUUCUGGUUCUUGCUUUCAAAUCUCUACAUAAUGCUGCUCCCACCUAUCUAUGCUCCCUAAUACACAAGUAUGUCCCAUCUAGGCUCUUACGCUCUGCUGAAGACUUACGUCUAUCUUCUGUCCGUACUCCCACCUCUGAUGCUUGCCUUCAAGACUUCUCGAGGGCUGCACCGUUCCGGUUGAACUCACUUCCCUCCUCCAUUAGAUGCUCACCCAGUCUCCACUCCUUCAAAAAAUCAUUCAAAACCCACUUCUUCCUAAAAGCGUAUCAAUUAAACUAUUAAUAGCUCACGACUGAUUCCUCUCUUGCAACUGUCAUUAGUCAAAUACUAUCCUUACCUUUUGUGUCACUUUACCCCACUCCCUUUAGCAUAUAAGCUCAUUGAGCAGGGCCCUCAACCCCUCUGUUCCUGUGUGUCCAACUCGUCUGGUUACAACUACAUGUUUGUUCGUCCACCCACUGUAAAGUGCUGCGGAAUUUGUUGUUGCUAUAUAAAUAAUAACAUAAUAAUUAGUCCCUGGCCUCCUCUACCACUUCAGCUGGAAGGCUAUUCCAUGCAUCCACUACCCUCUCAGUAAAGUAAUACUUCCUGAUAUUAUUUUUAAACCUUUGUCCCUCUAAUUUAAGACUAUGUCCUCUUGUUGUGGUAGUUUUAUUUCUUUUAAAUAUAGUCUCCUUCUUUACUGUGUUGAUUCCCUUUAUAUAUUUAAAUGUUUCUAUCAUAUCCCCCCUGUCUUGUCUUUCCUCCAAGCUAUACAUGUUAAGAUCCUUUAACCUUUCCUGGUAAGUUUUAUCCCGCAAUCCAUGAACCAGUUUAGUAGCCCUUCUCUGAACCCUCUCUAAGGUAUCAAUAUCCUUCUGAAGAUACGGUCUCCAGUACUGUGUACAAUACUCCAAGUGAGGUCUCACCAGUGUUCUGUACUAUGGCAUGAGCACUUCCCUCUUUCUACUGCUAAUACCUCUCCCUAUACAACCAAGCAUUCUGCUGGCAUUUCCUGCUGCUCUAUUACAUUGUCUGCCUACCUUUAAGUCAUCAGAAAUAAUCACCCCUAAAUCCCUUUCCUCAGAUGUUGAGGUUGGGACUCUAUCAAAUAUUCUGUACUCUGCCCUUGGGUUUUUACAUCCAAGAUGCAUUAUCUUGCACUUAUCCACAUUAAAUGUCAGUUGCCACAAUUCUGACCAUUUUUGUAGUUUACCUAAAUCAUUUGCCAUUUGGCUUAUCACUCCUGGAACAUCAACCCUGUUACAUAUCUUAGUAUCAUCAGCAAAAAGAUGACUAUAUAUGUGUUAUGUGUAAAUUAUGGUGUUUUUCUGAAAUGUACUCGAUGAGUUGAUCACAGCUUUCUGGAGAAAUUGCCUAAUUCCGGUUUGUGUUUAUACAUUCUUUUAUUUAGAAGUCAAUGACUUGCUGGCCCUCAUUAUGAUGAUUAGUCUGGUUUUCUCUGUGACUCUGGUCUUCCUGAUACUGCUAGGGUCUGGAAAUCCUCAGCAUCUUUCAGACGAGUCUUGUUCUGUGCAGAUACUUGUACCCGGACUGAAAGGUAAGGCUUGUAAAGGCUUGCUAUCUCUUAUGCUCAUUUAUCUCCAAUUCUGACAGUUUCACUUAACCCCACACAGACUAAUUUUGCUCAUAUAUAUAUAUAUAUAUAUAUAAAUAUUUUUUUUUUAACUAAAAAGCUUUGAAACAGGAUAUUAAAAACUCUCCAUGUUUGUCCCUGUCAUCACUAAUGUUCUGUAUACUGUCUUGAGAAGGGGUAGAAGGUAGAUAAACAUGUCAGCGUUAAGUUUUCUCUUUUCCCCUGAAAUUACUAUUUAUUUGUGAAGCCUACCUAGGAUGUAUUUAUUUUUCCUUUUUUUGGAGGACACAAGAGCAAUUAACCACCCCAAGGCAAGGGAACACAUCUGCUACUUCGUCUUUUGAUGUUACUUUUAUACAAUGGUUGCCCAUCAAAACUGAUAUAUAAUGCCAUAUUGUAUUUUUAUUUGAGAUGUAUGGUCCUCUCUUUUCUCAGCUUUAUUGCUGUCAAGCACAGAAUUAACACAAUCAACUCUAGGUUCUGCAUUCUUUCCAGAGUUCCAUAUUUUCUCAAGCCCAUAGUAUGUAGAAAAGAAUGAAUUAAUUCAGUGGAAAGUGCAUACAUGAUCCAGCUGCUGAGACGAAUUAAUACUAUAUACGAAAUAAAGCACACUUGACAUUCCAUUUUAAAUUAGCCUUACAGCUUAUGAAGAUUACGAAACCAUGUCAGGUAAAAUGAUUUAUAUUUAGUGUCAAAAAUAUUAUCAUAUGUUGCACAAGCCUGCCACUUGCCACUAAUUAAUAUACAUUGAACAAAAUUUAAACGCAACACUUGUUUUUGCCCCCAUUUUUCAUGAGCUGAACUCAAAGAUCUAAGACUUUUUCUAUGUACACAAGGCCUAUUUCUCUCAAAUACUGUUCACAAAUCUGUCUAAAUCUGUGUUCGUGAGCACUUAUCCUUUGCCGAGAUAAUCCAUCCACCUCACAGGUGUGGCAUGUCAAGAUGCUGAUUGGACAGCAUGAUUAUAGCAAAGGUGUGCCUUAGGCUGGCCACAAUAAAAGGCCACUCUAAAAUGUGCAGUUUUAUCACACAGCACAAUGCCUCAGAUGUUGCAAGUUUUGAGGGAGCGUGCAAUUGGCAUGCUGACUGCAGGAAUGUCCACCAGAGCUGUAGCCUGUGAAAUGAAUGUUCAUUUCUCUACCAUAAGCCAUCUCUAAAGGCGUUUCAGAGAAUUUGGCAGUACAUACAACCAGCCUCACAAACGCAGACCACGUGUAAUCACACGCAUCCAGCAUCUUCACCUCCAAAAUCGUCUGAGACCAGCCACCCGGACAGGUGCUGCAACAAUCAGUUUGCAUAACCAAAGAAUUUCUGCACAGACUGUCAGAAACCGUCUCAGGGAAGCAUGCUUGUCGUCCUCAUAUGGGUCUCGACCUGACUGCAGUUCGUCAUUGUAACCAACUUGCUUGGGCAAAUGCUCACAUUCGAUGGCGUCUGGCAGUUUCGAGAGGUGUUCUCUUCACGGAUGAAUCCCGGUUUUCACUGUACAGGGCAGAUGGCAGACUGCGUGUAUGGUAUCAUGUGGAUUAGCGGUUUGCUGAUGUCAACAUCGUGGAUCGAGUGGCCCAUGUUGGUGGUGGGGUUAUGGUAUGGGCAGGCAUAUGUUAUGGACAACGAACACAGGUGCAUUUUAUUGAUUGCAUUGUGAAUGCACAGAGAUACCGUAACGAGAUCCUGAGGCCCAUUGUUCUGCUAUUCAUCUACGACCAUCAUCUCGUGUUGCAGCAUUAUAAUGCACGGCCCCAUGUUGCAAGGAUCUGUACACAAUUCCUGGAAGCUGAUAACAUCCCAGUUCUUGCAUGGCCAGCAUACUCACCGGACAUGUCACCCAUUGAGCAUGUUUGGGAUGCUCUGGAUCGGUGUAUACAACAGCGUGUUUCAGGUGCUGCCAAUAUCCAGCAACUUCGCACAGCCAUUGAGGAGGACCAAUAUUCCACAGGCAACAAUCAACUGCAUGAGGCAAAUGGUGGUCACACCAGAUACUGACUGUUUUUCAGACCCCCUUGGACCACCCCAAUACAGUAAAACUGCACAUUUUAGAGUAGCCUUUAUUGUGGCCAGUCUAAAGCAAACCUGUGCAAUACUCAUGCUGUCUAAUCAGCAUCUUGAUAUGCCACACCUGUGAGGUGGAUUAUCCUGGCAAAGGAGAAGUGCUCACUAACACAGAUUUAGACAGAUUUGUGAACAAUAUUUGAGAGAAAUAGGCCUUGUGUACAUAGAAAAAGUCUUAGAUCUUUGAGUUAAGCUCAUGAAAAAUGGGAGAAUGUGGAAAAAGAAUUUUGAAAGGAUUGCUUGUUGAUAAUUUGACUAUGCAAAAACGUAAUAUGAUUUAGGAGAACAAGAGUUAAAACAUUUUGUCUUGAGCCAGAUUUCAGCAAUUUAAAUUCAAUCAGGGGUUGGCAGACUCAGCAGCUAAGCUGUGUAGAUUUUGCUGAAUAACAACCUCUGGUUUGGAUCACCUGUCAGUUCUGUUCAUAAAAUUGAAAUUCAAAUGUGAACUGAAAAAAUAAAAGUCUGCUUGAAUUUUCAUGGCACUAUGUAUAUCGGUAUAGUGCUUUAUCCUGGAUGAAUUGUCACUUUGUUCUAAAACUCACUUAAAGCCGUGGAUUUCAUCCCACAUAUACAUCCUGCAGCAGAGAGGAACUCAAUUUUGGAAUCUAUACUGAAUAGAGUCAUCUGGGAGCUGCAAGAUGGAAGUUCUAUAGUCUUGAGUAUUAGAUGGUAGGCAUUACAAAACAUUCUGACAUUAGCCCUCUCAGACUGAGCCAAAUGAAGGUCAGAAAUAAAAUUCUGAUUUUGUUUUAUAAGCAUUAGUGUAUCACUCAAGACUUACUGUCCCCUGUUGUUGUGUUUUUCAAUAAAAACAAAUCUAGAACAAAGGCAAGAACUUAACUUCAAUUCAAAACCGUUCUUAGGUCUCCCUGAAGCACUUCCGCCUAAGUUGGAUCUAGGGCGAAUGUACACCAAGCCAGGGGCGUAUUAGCCGCGAGGCAAACAAGGCAUUUGCCUUGGGCGGCAUUUUUCAGGGGGCGGCAAAAAACGCCGCCCCCAAAUGGCCAGGGCAAAUGCCUUGUUAGCCUCGCGGCUAACUGGCAUGCUGGGCGCUGGGCGGUGCUGGCUGCUGUGCGGGCGGCUGGCGAGGGAGCUCUUCCUCUGAGUGGUCUGCUCAGCUCCCUCGCGCGCCGCAGAGUGAGGCUGGGAGCCGGGUUGAUGACGUCAUCUUCCGGCUCCCAGCCUCACUCUGCGGCGUGUGAGGGAGCUGAGCAGACCGCUCAGAGAAAGAGCUCCCUCGCCAGCCGCCCGCACAGCAGCCAGCGCCGCCCAGCCCGACCGGCAGCCACUGGACCACCAGGGAGAGAGAGACCCCCCCCAGCACUCCCAAAGGUAAGGAGGCUGGGGGCAGGGGGGGUUUAAAUUUAAAAAAAGUUAAUGUGAGUGAUUGUGUUUGUGUCUGACUGUGUGUGUGUUUGUGACUGUGUGUGUGUGUUUGUGUCUGACUGUGUGUGUUUUUGUGUAUGACUGUGUGUGUGUGUGUUUGCCGCACGCGUGCAUUCCUAAAGCCUUCACAAUGCAGGUGUGCUCACAGCACUGGUUGCAAUGGAAAAGGCUGAUAACAUCUGUCAACAGUGUACAGUGCAUUUGUGAUGAAGAACAGAAUUCACAUUAGUCAGCCUGGGACAGUGUUCCAUACUGACUAUACCGUGGUCCUGGAGGUGUGACUACACUUAGGGCAAAAAUAUGAAUAUCUCUGUAUAGGCAGCGUUUCAAGCUGAAACACUAAACUCUAAGAGCAGAAGUGUUCAUGGUUCUCAGAGUAGCCCCUUAAAGGGACAAACCGUUUUCCUGGCACUGCAGGUCCCCUCUCUCUCCCACCCCCAGGGCCGCCAUCAGAAAUUUUGCGGCCCCUGACAAAGCACAAGGUCUGGGCCCGCCUCCCCUUCCCUCCCCUCGGGCCUGCCCAUGCCCUACCUAGUCAGCUGACAAUGAUGCAGGACUGAAUGUGGUGUGUAUAGUGGAAGUGAAUUAGAAUGUGUGUAAUGGAUGUAGUGUUUGUGUGUAUUAGAUACUGUUUGUGCAGUGAAUGCAGAGUGUGUGUUUGUGUAGCAGAUGCAGUGUGUAUAGUGAACGCAGAGUGUGUUUGAGUAGUGGAUGUAGUGUGUGUACAGUGAUGUAGUGUGUGUUUGUGUAGUGGAUGUAGUGUUUGUGUGUACUAGAUGAAAUGUGUUUAGUGGAUGCAAUGUCUGUAGUGGAUGUAGUGUGUGUAUUUGACACAGUGUCUGUGUAUAGUGAAUGCAGAGUGUUUCAAUUUGUGGUGGGUGUAGUGUGUGUACUGUGAAUACAGGAUGUUUGUGUAGUGGAUGCUGUGUGUACAGUUAAUGCAGAGUGUGUGUUAAUGUGUAGUGAAUGCACUGUGUGUGUUGUAUUAGUGAAUGCAGAGUGUGUGUUGUAUGCAGUGUGUUGUGUUAGUGUAUGCAGUGUGUGUUGUAUUAGUGUAGGCAGUGUGUGUGUUGUAUUGUGUAUGCAGUGUGUGUGUUGUAUUAGUGUAUGCAGUGUGUGUGUUGUAUUAGUGUAUGCAGAGUGUGUGUUGUGUUAGUGUUUGCAAAGUGUGUGUUGUGUUAGUGUAUGCAGUGUGUGUGUCAGGGUAAUGUAUGCAGUGCGUGUUGUGUUAGUGUAUGCACUGUGUUGUAUUAGUGUAUGCAGUGUGUGUUGUGUUAGUGUAUGCAGUGUGUGUGUUGUAUUAGUGUAUGCAGUGUGUGUUGUUUUAGUGUAUGCAGUGUGUGUGUUGUGUUAGUGUAUGCAGUGUGUGUGUAAAUGUGCAAUCUGGGAUGGGGGGGAAGGGGCAUUUUCACAUACAUUUUUUAAUUUUAUAUUAAAAUAAUUAAAUGUUUCUCCCCCCUCCCUGCUUCUUACCUGUGUCCAGGGAAGGGGGAGAUUCCAUCCCUGGUGGUCCGGUGGCAUGGUGGAGCCCCCGGCUCCCUGUUACCGCAGAGGGGGCCCAGCACACUACCUGUACUCUUCUCUUCUCCUCUCUUCUAAUCACUCUCGCGAGACGGCCGCGCGCGUGCAUUACACUGCCCCAUAGGAAAGCAUUAUUCAAUGCUUUCCUUUGGGGAUUCUGGCGACGCUGGAGGUCCUCAUGCAUUGCGUGAGGACAUCCAGCAUCUCUUAAAACAUCUCUUAAAACAUAGACAGCCACUAGAGGAGGACAUAACCCUGUUAAGCAAUUAGUGCAGUUUAUGAUAAACUGCACUAAUUACAGUUGCAGGGUUAAGGGUAGUGGGAGCUGGCACCCAGACCACUCCAAUGGGCAGAAGUGGUCUGGGUGCCUGGAGUGUCCCUUUAAGCAUAACUCAAAGCAUUAUUUUAAAGAAUUCUGCACACUGCACAUUAUACCUCUCUUACUGAACAGAAACGCUGGCCCAUUUCCGUAAUGUCACUAACCAUUCACUCCUCUCUAUUACGUUGCAUUUCUAGGGGAUGCUGGGGAAAAAGGAGAGAAAGGUGCUCCAGGAAGACCUGGCAGAGUUGGUCCACCAGGAGAGAAAGGUAAAUGGCUCACUUUUGAAACCAGCGGGCACACAUAGAAACAUAGAAUGGGACGGCAGAUAAGAACCAUUCGGCCCAUCUAGUCUGCCCAAUUUUCUAAAUACUUUCAUUAGUCCCUAGCUUUAUCUUAUAGUUAGGAUAGCCUUAUGCCUAUCCCACGCAUGCUUAAACUCCUUUACUGUGUUAACCUCUACCACUUCAGCUUGAAGGCUAUUCCAUGCAUCCACUACCCUCUCAGUAAAGUAAUACUUUCUGAUAUUAUUUAUAAACCUUUGUCCCUCUAAUUUAAGACUAUGUCCUCUUGUUGUGGUAGUUUUUCUUCUUUUAAAUAUAGUCCCCUCCUUUACUGUGUUGAUUCCCUUUAUAUAUUUAAAUGUUUCUAUCAUAUCCCCCCUGUCUCGUCUUUCCUCCAAGCUAUACAUGUUAAGAUCCUUUAACCUUUCCUGGUAAGUUUUAUCCCGCAAUCCAUGAACCAGUUUAGUAGCCCUUCUCUGAACCCUCUCUAAGGUAUCAAUAUCCUUCUGAAGAUACGGUCUCCAGUACUGUGUACAAUACUCCAAGUGAGGUCUCACCAGUGUUCUGUAUAAUGGCAUGAGCACUUCACUCUUUCUACUGCUAAUACCUCUCCCUAUACAACCAAGCAUUCUGCUAGCAUUUCCUGCUGCUCUAUUACAUUGUCUGCCUACCUUUAUGUCAUCAGACAUAAUCACCCCUAAAUCCCUUUCCUCAUAUGUUGAGGUUAGGACUCUAUCAAAUAUUCUGUACUCUGCCCUUGGGUUUUUACGUCCAAGAUGCAUUAUCUUGCACUUAUCCACAUUAAAUGUCAGUUGCCACAAUUCUGACCAUUUUUCUAGUUUACCUAAAUCAUUUGUCAUUUGGCUUAUCCCUCCAGGAACAUCAACCCUGUUACAUAUCUUAGUAUCAUCAGCAAAAAGACAUACCUUACCAUCAAGACCUUCUGCAAUAUCACUAAUAAAAAUAUUAAAGAGAAUGGGUCCAAGUACAGAUCCCUGAGGUACCCCACUGGUGACAAGUCCAAGCUUAUAUUCCAUUUACUACAACCCUCUGUUGCCUGUCACUCAGCCACUGCCUUACCCAUUCUCAAUGGCUUAUAGAGCUAUUUGUGUACAUAUUUUGUCACCUGUGUGAGCCUUAAAAUAUGUACACACAUGUUAAUAAUUGUGAUGAUUGAAAAGGCCCUACAGUUUUUAAUAGAAACAAACCAUCAGUUUUGCAGUUCCUCACUUAAUGCCUCUCACAGCUGAGCAGAUUAAGUAGAACACUAGCAUCAGAAAUAUUUGCCACCAGCCCCCCAGCCACUAUUUGGACUUUUCCAUAUUUUUAUUAUGUCUGUUUCUUUCCUGUUUGCUUUAUUCAAUAAAGUAAUCUAUUACACAUUACAUUCUGGUUCUAAAUGUGUUUAACCAUAGUAUAAUCAAGAAUUAAUUUCCUAGUUAUAUUUUUAACUUCCUCUUUACCUAUAUCAAUGUUUUGCAAGUGUCCUAUCAUAAGAUCCUGGAUGUGCUCUCCUUAAAGGACUGGUCCAUUGCUAAAACAAAAAUAAAUAUGACAAACAAUUGGAAACUUUAAAAUAAGGGAACAGGCUUUUCCUUGUAAAAGACCGUGAUUAUAGUUAAUGCAAGUAUAAGGGAGAAAAGUCAUUAAUAUUAAACUAAAGAAGUCUAUGAUAAAUAACCUAAUUGUUGGAAUAAAUUAACCAUGAAUCCUAUCACUGCCAUGUUAUUUUUUAAACCACUAGUAUAAUGUUUAUUUAAAAUAUAGGAAUGUAUUGUUAAGACAUAAACAUAAGAUAACACAGCAGUUGUAUGUAACAAUUGCUAUCCAUGGACAAACUCUGAAAUAUUAAGCAAUACAGACCACAAUUCCUAACGCUUUAGUGUCAUAGUCAUUAUUUUAAAACAGGUCCCCCCCCCAUCUAUUUGUCAAAUAGAGUAAAAAAUAAGAAUUUUACUCACAAUUUGCUUACUCCUCAGACAUCAUGAAGGAGGCCCUGCCUCAUCUUUAAUGGCCCAAUCCAAUGCUAUUUCAAAAAGGAGAGCAUGUAAUUUGUUCAAUAUGGUCAAAUACAUCCCUCCUCUCCCCUUAUGGGCUGCUAGAACAAAGCUAUGAUGUUUAUUUGACUUCAAACAUUGUGUGGGGUGUCUCUAGUUACAGGUGAUUUGCAGAGGGACAGAACUGGCAUAUACAUUUGUUUCUCACUGGGGGAAACCUAGGGCUUGAAUCGAGUGGAGGGAAAGUAUGUAUUUUUGGGUUAAAUUUUGUGUUUUACAGUUUUUGUGGCCCAUGUUUUAUAACCACCAUUUAAAGAUUUAGAAGGUGCCAUAUUUUUGAGAAAACAUUGCAUCUUCCACCUUUUUCUGAAUGUUUAGAUUAGAAUAAAAGGAUGUGUACGUUUAGCUGCAUUUAGUUUAGAGAGGUAUUGGAACUGAUAUAGUUGUGCAUAACUAUGAUGAUUUUUUCAAGUACAUAAUUUCAAUAGUAGGCAUUCCACCGAUAAUACAAGUGUGUUGUCCCCAAGCUUGUCUCUGUGAAAGGACUUUAAUAGGAGGAUGAAGAUGAGUGGGACCAAAUCCUAUAGGUGUUUUCCAUCUAAAUAUUUGUCAUGGUUUUGUUUUGAGUACUAUCAGUUUAUAAACUGAAGGAUUAGUAUCAGAAGAGUAUGAAGGUGGAGGAGAGAGACGAAGGGAUCUUCCAAUGUGAGGACAACAUAACCAAUAUAGAGGAAAUAUGUCUUCCAACAGACAUUCCAUUAACAUGGCUCAAUUGGCAAAUAGAAGCUACCAUUGUUGAGUCAAAUAUGAGGUGAAAUUGUUCUACUGGUUCCACUUUAUUCCAAUUCAUAGCUUAAGUGGAAGAAUGUAUAAUGACAAAUAUGCACCUGGAUUUCAGGGAUGAAUACAGUCCAAUAAUCGUAGCAUUAAAAAUUAGGAGAAUUGAAAUGUGUUGGAGAUCUGACCCCUGAGUUUUUUGAAAAGCCAGUUUUGUGUCAGAUUAUAAUAUAAUUUUUGAAUGGAGUUAUACAUCAAUAGAAGUUCUAGCAUUGUUAUAUGCUUGAUGACGGUUAAUAAAUCACCCCAUUAACUAAAACACUAUCAAAGGAAUAAUUAUGUUAUGUCAUUUUGCAAAUAAUAUAGCAAACAUUUGAGUCUAGAGAGUUGAUCAACUUUAUUGAUGGUAACACAAAGAUGGAAAUUACUUUGGUUAAGUAAUUAUGAUCAAUGUUGCAUUAAACUAUGUUUACAUGUCCUGGACAUUUAAUAACAUCUUGAUGCAUUUGAGGAAUGAUCAGAUGAUAUAAAACAUGCAAUAAAUGGGGUAGAAGAUAAACUGCAAGAGAUUAUUUUCAUUUUACAUUAUAAGUCUCCUACACCCUUUUUGGAUGUAAAUCAUAUUUUACUAUUGCGUCAGCAUCACUCUUAUUCAGGAGUAAUAGUUUAUAGACUUACGUAGAGGAUCAAUACUUAUGUAGAGGUUAUUUCUAUCAUUAUGAUUGGUUAUACUGUCCCACCCUCUUUCUUCUUUUUACAACUCAAUUUAGUUACAUAGUUAUAUAGUAAUCUAGGUUGGAAAAGACUCCACCAAGUUCAACCUUUGAAAAACUCAUUUUUAUAUGCUGAUGAUCCAAAAGAAGGCAAAAACUCCAGAGAACCCAAUUUGAUCCUGUAACGGCACCCUCAGCAUAAAAGGGUUAAACCGCCGUUUAGUAGAUCUUCCCUUCCAGAGACACAGGCACAGCUACUGCAGAACACCAAUCCACCGAACAGGAAACCAUACGUAUGCUGUAAACAGCCGAAUAGGAAAAACCAUACGAAUAGGUUUACACUCCUAGCAGUCGAACAGCAUACAAUAAAUCCCCCCAAGCAGUGGCGGACUGAGAACCCUCAGGGCCCCCGGGCAAAAUAAAUCAAGGGCCCCCUUACAGGCCCCACCCAUACUCUGCAGCAAGCGCCACCCUUGUCCCGCCUCCAGCCACACCCUACACAAUCUUUAGACACAAGGAACAAAAGGGCAAUAAGCCCUUCGAGGCCCCAGCAGAGACUACAAUUGAGGGCUAAUGGGCCAUGGAGGGGGGUCUUUCUAGCGGGGGGCUAUCUCAGUGUCCUUUAGAGAGUGUGUUAGAAAGAAUCCCCUCCAGGCCCCAUUAGAGACUACAAUGGAGUCUAAUGGGGCCUGGAGGGUGGUCUCUCCAACACUCUGGUUUCUAUUCACAAUAUAGCAACACAACAUAGCUCGCUGAUACCUAGGCCAAGUUGGCUCUUCUUACCUUAAUUACUGUUGCUGGCUGGCGGUCUGUGGGCUUGCUUGCUGCGGCUGGCAGGCUGUGGGCUUGCUGGCUACUGCCGGCAGGCUGUGGGCUUGCUGACUGCGGCUGGCAGGCUGUGGCUUGCUGGCUGCGACUGGCAGGCUGUGGGCUUGCUGGAUGUAAGCCUGUGGCUUGCUGUAGGCCUGUGGGCUGGCUACUGGCCUGUGGGCUGGCUAACUUGCUGGCUACUGGCCAGCCUGUGGGUUGGCUGGCUGGCUACUGGGGCACUUGUAAAUUAUUUAAAGAAAUAAUCUAUGCACAAUAACCACUACUGCUCCAGAGUAAGUAGUCAAACCAUUUAAGAACAGUUUGACAACUUACCUGGGAUCUGCUGGGAUAUGGGGCUGUAGUAGGGAAUAGGAGCAGUGGUGCAAUGUGUGUGAAAGGUUCAGUGUGUGUGUGGGGGUGUAGUGUGUGAAUGUGUAGGGUGUGUGGGCUGUGUAUGUGUGUGGCAAUGUUAGUAUGGGGGGCUGUGUAUGGGGGUCUGUGUGUAUAUGGGUGGGCAGUGUAUGUGUGUGUGUGAGGCAAUGUGUGUAAAUGUGUAUGGUGUGUAUGGGGCAGUGUGUGAAUGUGUAUGGUGUGUGUGGGGCAGUGUGUUUAUGGGGCUAGAGUUCACUCUCACCACUGCGACCACCAGGAAUCCCUGGGGGUCACAGUGUUGAGAGUGAACACUAGACCGUAGCUCCAGGGCUAGAGCUGACUCUCGCAAGAGCGAUAACGUUGCCAUGGUAAUCGCGGCAACGCUCUGUGCUCGUGCAAGAAGGACCCAGAGGAGCUGCAGGGUGAGCUCCCAGGUCCUCUCUUCCUCCCUCCCCUGCCCGCAUGGUGCCUGCGGACAGGGGAGGGGGGGCAAUUGCCCUGUUGCCCCCCUGGAUCCACCAGUGAUAUCUACAGCCCUUCUGUGUGCCUUUUUGUCUCCCCCCGUCCCUCUGUAUGUUUCUUCCUCCCCCCUCCUUCCCAGUCUCUCUUACCCCUCUGCCUCUUUCUCCCUCUCUUCCACUGUUUUUCUCCCCCCUUUCCCUGUCUCUCUCUCCCCCACAUCUCUCUUCCUCUCUGUCUCUUUCUCCCCCUCCCUAUCCCCCCUCUUUCUCCCCGUGUCUCAUUCUUCCCUCGUUGUCUCUUUCUCCCCCUCCCCAUCUCUAUAUUCCCCCUCUUUCUCCCCCUGUGUCUCAUUCUUCCCCCUCUGUCUCUUUCUCCCCCUCCCCAUCUCUCUAUUGCCCCCUCUUCCCCCCCUCCCCAUCUCUCUGUUCCCCCCUCUUCCCCCCAUCUCUCUAUUGCCCCCUCUUCCCCAAUCUCUCCUAUUGCCCCCCUUUUCCCCCCCCUCCUAUCUCUCUGUUCCCCCCUCUUUCUCCCCCCCUCCCAUCUCUAUUGCCCCUCUUUCUCCUCCUCAUCUCUGUUGCCCCCUCUUCCCCCCAUCUCUCCUAUUGCCCCCCUCCUUCCCCCCUCCCCAUCUCUUGCCCCUCUUCUCCCCCUCUCUGUUCCCCUCCUCUCCUAGCCCCCUCUUCCCCCAUCCUCCUCUUGCCCCCUCUUCCCCCCAUCUCUCCUAUUGCCCCUCUUCCCCCAUCUCUCUUGCCCCUCUUCCCCAUCUCUCUUGCCCCUCUUCCCCAUCUCCCCUCUUCCCCAUCUCUCUAUUGCCCCUCUUCCCCCAUAUCUCUUCCCCCUUCUUCCCCCCAUAUCUCUCUUGCCCCCUUCUUCCCCCCAUAUUUUCUUGCCCCUCUUCCCCCAUAUCUCUCUUGCCCCUCUUCCCCAUCUCUCUAUUGCCCCUCUUCCCCCAUAUCUCUCUUCCCCUCUUCCCCCAUAUCUCUCUUGCCUUCUUCCCCCCAUAUUUUCUUGCCCCUCUUCCCCCCCCAUAUCUCUCUUGCCCCCUCUUCCCCCCUCUUACUCAAGUCAGAGGGGGCCGGCCGUUUGAUGCUGGAGCCGCCGGACCAGGUGGCAGCCUUGCCUGUCCGGCGGCAUUCCGCUCACUAACGAUGAAGGAGGAGGAGGAGGAGAAUCUGUCUAUCAUGCUCCUUUGCGGUUCCCACAUCCUGUGCUGGGAAUUGUGGGAACCGCAGGGAGCAUGAUAGACAGAUGCUCCUCCUCCUCCCCCUUCAGUGUUAGUCAGAGGAAAGCCGCCGGACCGGCGAGGCUGCUACCUGGUCCGGCGGCUCCAGCAUCAAACGGCCGGCCCCCUCACAGUGUGCCACCGGACCGGCCACCCGGUGGCACCUUCCUCUGCCGCCCCCAAUUCAGCCCUCCCGGCCGGGCCCUCGGACCGUGUCCGAAGUGCCCGACCGGUCAGUCCGCCCCUGCCCCCAAGAACGAGACAAAGCUCCGUGUUGAGGGUCAAGCAGUGAACAGCCAGAGCUGUGGGUUUAUUGUGCUUAUGUACACAUUCUUACACAUUAGUACCACCCACAGGGUUUUGGAACACAACCAAUAAACACAUACAAUACACUCAGACACUCCCACACAAAAUCCUCCCCUCUGCCUGUAAUUACCUUACACAAUGGGUAAUGUAAUUAUAACAAGCAGAGGAAUACAAUUUUUCCACAUUAUUCAUAACUUGAAAAGUAUGCAUCACUUUCACAUACUUACAUUUUCAGAAUCAUCAUACUCCAAAUACAAACAUAUGUCAAAUUCAUACAAAUUGGUCCAAUGGUUGUGACCAAAGGAAGCAUGGCUUUUCUGCCCAAAACCAGUUCCACAGAGUCUUCUAAGUAAUCCAAUUAUCUCCAAAGACAAAAGCAAAACUCCAUUGAACACAUGGCAGCAAAAGACAAUAAAACACAUAAAAACAUAUAAAUGUGCAGCCAUUGCACAAAACAGGUACAUUCAUAUCACCAGAUAGCUCAGAUCUGAGUGCACAUUAUUACUGAAUGGCGCUCAGAGCACACACAUACAGUUCAAUUGCCAUGGAGCCAAAGUCUUUCCCAUAGUCUUUCAUUAUACGAAUGGGCUCCAUGGCAUAGCUAUCUGGGGUAUCACCGCUCAAACAGGGCCAGCACCGAAUGACCCGGCUUUCAUGUCUUUGCAGGGAAAAAUCAAGCCUUUUAACAUGGGGCCAUAAUCCAAAGGCAACAGGCGAGCAACCAGGCUUCUCCAAUGCAAUGUGGCGAGAUUGGUCUCGUCACAGAUCCAAAAGAAGUCAAAAAUCCCAAUUCGAAGUAAUGUUUAAUAAAGUCACCAAAAGAGAAUAAUCGAACAAUCAGAUUUCUCCAUGGUUCAGCAACCUUGUUAAUUUGAUGGAAAUAUUAAAUUAAUUACAUAAGUAUUUCUGUGUGGGAUAGGGGUAUUCAAAAAUUCAAAAAAAACUACAUUUAAUUUUCAAAAGUGUUCUAUUUAGCAAAGUGAAAUCACAAAAAUAUUUAUUUUUUUAAAGAAACAUCAUGAGUUUUCAAAUAAAUUUAUGUUGUCUUUUUUUUAACCCCUUAAGGACACAUGACAAAAAAAUAUUCCGUCAUGGUUCCUUUUAUUUCUGAAGUUGUGUCCUUAAGGGGUUAAAUCUGAAGCUCUCGUGAUCGCUAUUAACAAUUCAGAGGAAAAUUGAUGAUCGCCAAUAAACUGUGCUAUGGGGCUAGUCUGCGCAGUAUGUUUGGGUGAAUAAAAUAGCAAGACUUUACUGCUUCACCUUUAGUGCACACGUCGUGGUAAUUGUAAAACGGAAAGACCUUUUGUUGUACAAACGGUUUGUUCGCUAUGUAUUAUUUUUCUGACAUCUAUAAACUGUGACAUUUCAUACAUGAAAUUAACAAGAAAACUUGUUCCUGCAUCUGGUCACACAUUAUUUUUUUAUAGUCUGCCACUGUGACAUAUGCUGGGGCUGUGUGGGGCUUAUGCGAUCAGAAUUUUUUAAAAUUUUUUAUUUUUUCUGUGCCUCACUAAACACAGGAAACACUUAAAUAUAGAAUUACAGGUUUUAUAGCAGAAAUACAAAUGUUUUAUUUAAACACACUCUAUCUACAUGGUUUUUAUAUCCUGGAUAGCUACAUUGCGAUUUAGAGGUUUAUUCAGAAAACAAAGUCUUGUAGUGAUCUGAACAUUUAGGACAUAUUAGCUGAUUUGGCAAUAUGCUAAACCUGCAGAAUUUAGACGGUUAAGCUGGAAACAUCACAAUGUUUAAUGAAUGACAAUUAAAAUGCAGUGUUGGUAACAAAUAAUAAUAAGUGAGAAUUCUGAGAAAAUUCCAAGACGAGUCAAAUUUAAGACGAAAGUAGUCGGAACUGGAAGCGUAGCUGACUUAGAGAAUGGCUAUUCCCUUGGAAUUCAUCUUGAAUAUACACUUUAAUUAAUAACACUAAAGUGUUAUUAUGAUUCAUACCAACUAAAGGUAUGUGCACUUUGAAAUUGUUGUUCUGUUUACUUUACUCUAAGACAUGAAGUUGUGUUAGUAUGUAAUUCACAUUAAUCUAGAUGUGAAGUUGUAUUAGUAUAUAAUUGCUUUAAUGUGUCAAAGUUGAUAAAUAUAGUUGUGCUGUAGGUAUACAGGUGUUGAAGGGGUUAAUUAUUUUUGAGAUACUCUGUCUGACAUGUGCUGAUGCUUAGCGUGGUUUUCACCUUGAAUACAACUUGACAACGGGUGCCUCUGGUGUAUCCAUCUGUUUGCUGAUUACUAUUUAUUGCCCCAGGAUUUAGGAUUCAUGUGAGAAUUGUAUUUAUUUUAUGUGUGUCGGUCCUUUAGUGUGACUAUUGAAUAAAUUCUGGCAUUCAGUUUCUUUGAUUUCCUGUGGGACUACUUGCAGUUAGCACUAAAUUUUUUAUUUUUUUAUUUUUCCUUAAGUAAAUCACAUUUUGACUUUUUUUUUUAACAUUUUAACUUUGCUGUGUUGCUAUACCCCUUUCAAAGUAUAGCGUUGCUGAGUUACAGAAAUAAAGUACACAUUCCUCAUCUCUUGACCCGUGAUGACCCAUACAGACACACACUGACCUAUGCAGACAUACACAUACAGACAUACACUGACCCAUACAGACACACACAUACAGACACACACUAACUCAUGCAGACACACACAUACAGACACUGUCUUACCCAUACAGACACACACUGACCUAUGCAGACAUACACAUACAGACAUACACUGACCCAUACAGACACACACAUACAGACACACACUAACUCAUGCAGACACACACAUACAGACACUGUCUUACCCAUACAGACACACACUGACCAAUAAAGACACACACUGACCGAUAGACACACACUGACCAAUACAGACACACAAAAACCCAUGCAGACUCACACUGACCCAUACAGACACACAAUGACCCACACAGACACUCACUGACCCAUAUAGACACACACUGAACCAUACAAACACACUCUGACCAAUGCAGACACACACUGACCCAUACAGACACACAAUGACCUAUAUAGACACACACUGACCCACAUAGACACACACUGACCCAUACAGAUACACACUGACCCCUACAGACACACAUCGACCCAUACAGAUACAGACAAUGACCCAUACAGACACACAAUGACCCAUGCAGACACACAAUGACCCAUACAGACACACACUGACCCAUACAGACACACAAUGACCCAUGCAGACACACACUGACCGAAACAGACACACUGACCCAUACAGACACACAAUGACCAAUACAGACUGACAUAACCAAAUACUGACUGAAGCAGACUAACACACAUUCUCUGACGUCUUACCUUCAUUACUGUUCCUAUGCUCAUCUUGCCUGCGCCUGGCGGCCCAUCACUUCCUGUUUCAUCCCCACCUCUGCUAUCCUCCCGCCCACUUGCCCCCACAUACAGGGGAAGGGGCAGGAGCAAGCAAUUGAAGCGCCCUCGCGCUGUUUCAGCACUGGAUGCCUGGGAGGCGAGCCUGGCUCUUAGGCAUGACGUGGAGGCCUCUGGAUCGGUGUUCUACCAGGAGCUAGUAAGCAGCAAUGUAACUGCUCCCUAGGGCUGGGUAACAUGGCCAGCGGCACACUCAAAAAAUAGAGGGGUGGCCACGGGCCGGCGCAAAUUUGAUCAUAAAGUCAGGGCUGGCGCCCCAUCUUAAGCAGCACGCUAGGCAGCCACCUAGUUGGCCUGUCGGAAGCGCCGGCACUGAUGGUUUUCUUAGUUCACUGCCCACUUCCCCCAUUGUAUUCUUGCUUCUCUCUCUUUGUAUUUUCCCGUCAUUUGAUCAUGCAUCACAGCCACUCAACUAUAUCAGUUUUUUGACCACUAAAUAAGACUCAAAAUGGCUUCUAAGUACUGGAAGUAGAACCAGUGAUUUAGAUUGGUAAUUAGUGACAUAGUGUCUUGAUAUCAUUAAGAGUAUAAAUCAUCUCAUACAUGCCCAUUGUUUGUACAUGGUUUUGAUAUGUGAAAAUAAAAAAAAGCAUUUUAUUUUCCAGUUAAUCACUUUGCUUUUUAAGUUCUGUAGAAUAUUCCAUCUGUGCAAUUUGGCAAGGAAAGUGUACUCUGACUUCGAUAUAAUAUUUCACAGAGGUUAUAAUUGCAUUUUAUAGAUUUUCUUAUUAACUCCUGGCAAUAGACUUGCUUGCUUAUAUUCUAACUUUUUUUUUUUUUUUUGUUUCUCUAUUAAGGGAACACUCAGGGCACCAUAACAACUUAAUCGACUUAAUCAAAAUGGUUUAGCCACAAUGUUGGCUCUCCAGUGCCAUUCUCCACUGUCCCUGUCUUCAUCUGAUUUCAGAAAAUCAACUAGAGGAAGUCAUGGACAGCCACUAGUCUGAGGAACUGCUGAUUGGCUUAGAGUAGUCAGUUAACGCUCUAACCCAAUCAGUGGGGCCGUGCACAGUGGCAGUCCGUGGCCUCCUCUGGCUGAUUUUCUGAAAGCAAAUGUGGACAAGGACAGCGAAUAAUGGCACUGGAGAGCCAAUUUUGGGGAUAAACAUUUUAAUCCCUAAAGUUAAGGAAGUGCCAGGGACCUCCUGGCAUCAUAACAAUUUUGUUUGGAUGAAGUUGUUAUGGUGCCCUAGCUGUCACUUUAAUAUAGUUUAUUGAGUGUUAAUGUAUUUAAAAGCAAAUCCUCUUGGUAGUGCUAAUUGAACUGAAUGUAUCAGAUACUGCAAGUUAGUAUCAUUCAUUUAAUAAUCUAUUUUUCAGGAGAAAUGGGUGAAAAAGGAAUGAAGGGAAGUAUGGGUCGUCAUGGGAAGAUUGGACCUAUUGGCUCAAAAGGUAUUUCCUGAACAAUCUGCAUGGCCUGAAGUGAUUCCAUUCAUAUAAAUAUCUGUACAUAUUUAAAAUAAAUAAUAUGUUCACAGUUCUGUGAUAACGUUUUGUAGACAAUUAGACAGUAUAGUAGAAAGUUACCAUCUUUGCUGGUGAUGUAGUGUUGCCUUUGGUACUUUUUACCACAUUUUGGAUGGGAUUGCCCUCAUAUAACAUUCUACUGGAGAGACAUCCACACCUUCUUCACAAGGUUUACUGACAAUCCCCAGCCUGUUCUUACUUGCCACAAUUUUAUUACACCAUAUCUUCUGCCUCUUCAUAUAAAAAAAAAUCGAUUACUAUUGGGGAUCUAAACAUUGCCAAAUAUCUCUUGCCCCCCCCGAUUCUGGAGUCAAAAGGUUAUCUUUCUACAUUAUUUUUGUUAUUUAAAUUCACAUGUUCUGUGAUCAGACUCAAAUAGCUAAAACUGUAAUUUGAUUGCGUGAAAUUUGAAACUAAAACUAAUUACAAAAGCAACUGGAUCCCCAGAUGUGAAAUCACCUUUGGGGGUCUUUGCAAAUUAUGCCAGGUACCCAAAGGUGAUAUCGCCGCUGGUGGUCCAGUGGCUGGGAGCAGGCAGGGAAAGGUGAGAUUUUCUUACCUGAACCUGCCCAUCGUCUUCCGGCCGGUCCAUGCGCAAGAGUAGAGCAUUCAGGUAUCUGGAGAAUCCUGCAGCCAUCACUGGUGAUGGAUGGGAAGUUGACUCUUCAAGAUGGUAAUAACUCAGCUCAGUGUCUAGAAGUGUUGGGGAGUAGGAAAUAUACUAAGUAUAUAUUUUGAAGGGGUUGGAUUAUCUGUGAAAUUCCAACACAGUCAGGAGGAGUAUUUCAUAUAGGUUUUCUCUUUUUGAAAUACUUGUUUUGUGGGGGUGGGAUGACAGGGCCACUUUAGUCCAAAGAGUCCAAUGGAUAAGAGUCCAAAUUGUAGCUGCUCUGAUUACAAAAAUGGAAAAAUAUUGAUCAUGACCAGAGGGAACUUUUUUAAAGUAAUGAUAGCAAAUACUAUGCACAGACAAAUGUUACUAGCAUAGACAAACAGACUGAAUAUCAUUGACAGAGAUGAAUGGACAUUUUAAUGCCACAAAGAUACAGUCUAAUGCAUAAUACAUAGUACAUAAUAACACAACAUUGAAUCAACACCUAUCUGAGCAAGGCUCAUUAGAAGGUUUUUGUUGUGAACUUUACAAAAAUUUAAUUUAUGAUAGAAUUGACAACCCAAACCACUUGUACCCAGUGCUAAAACACAAUCACCAACAGCUUGGCAAAAGUAGCACAAUACAUAUCAAGGUAAUAUGAUGAGCCAUCUCAUGAGUCAUCUUUAACCCUCAUUGUUACAAGUGGAUGGAUUAAGGUUUGGAGAAAGCCAUAGGAUUAUAUUUAACCACAAUGUACAUUGCAAAUGUUACAUAUAGUGUGGCGGGGAUGGUUUGUUAUCUACUGAACAUUCAUAUUGUGGAUUUCAUUAUAGAUUGCUCUACAUGGACAUUAAAUAGCCAAGAAGGCCAUUUUAUAGUAUCAGAUAUGAUCCCUUUACACAUUUCCUUGCUUUAUGAGAGAUCUGAAGAUAAUUAAAGUUUCCCGUCACUGUUCUGACGGACUGACCACAGACAAAGAUUCUCUAAUGUCUUGUAAUACUAUCUUACAGUUAAAUAUAUACGUGACUUCAGCGAUUUAAUGUAGAUGAGGAUUUAGUUUUCACAAUCAAGCUGGCAAGUUUCAACGUAGUUCUGAAUUCUGGCUCGAAAUACGUUCCACUUCACAGAUCUUUGGUUAUAGUUUGGAAAACUGAAGGCGUUACAAAAACAACAGUCGGAAUUUAUGGUUGGGAGAGUUAUUAUGACCUUUUCAUCUUUGUUUUCCUUUUCCUAGAAUGGUUAUAGUAAGAACAUUUCGUGGUAAGAUUUCCUUACUGCAUACAUGCCUUUAUGUAAAACAUUUCAACAUCAAUAAAGAUUUAUUUCCACAGCCUCACUAGCCAACUCAAAGUACACAAAAUAUAUGACCUUUAAAUUCCCCCAAAUAUUUUCCUGGUACUAUGGUACAGAUUAAUAUGUGUUUAUUAGACUGUGCUUGCAAAUAUCUUACAAUAAAUAGCUUAAAUAUCAUUAAUUGAUCCUGUGCUUUAUUAAGUGUUCUUGUAUAGCAAGACCACUUAAUGUUAUCUCACAUAUAUAUUCUUCUUAUUAUUAUUAUUAUAGCCAAAUUUACCCUAACUCCUCCCACAGUUUUUACACUACAUAGACAGUUAUAUACCGAAACGUGCGGAUUGUUCCCGAUUGGAUUGCUAUUACUUUGUGGAACGUUUUGUCGUUCUUGUGGCGAAAUUGGUCCCAUAGGAAUGAAUGGCAAAAUGUUCAAAACUAGAGUGGGAGCUGGCAAAAGCUGAAAAAUCAGGACAUGAUUUCUAAACUGCCACCACUCCCUUAUUUUCAGGCCCACCUACACAAAUCUUAUAUCAAAAUGAUCAGCUAUCCCUGCUGCCACCAAAACAUGUCCACGGCUAAGCCAUAGUCCUGAUAGUUUUCACAAUAUGACCAUUUGUUUGCAACUCACACUGUCCAUUGACAUCCAUUGAAACUCCACUCCAGCCAGCUAAAAUUUGAAGGGCUAUUUCUAAACUGCGACUGUGCCUUCAUUUUUAAUAUCUCAUAGAGAUAUGCAUCAAAAUGUAGGUCUGGGUCUUGUGAUUCUCACAAUAUAAAGCUCUUCACUGUAGGAUUUAUAGUUUUAAAAAUAUGACCGUUUGAAUAUGGCAACCGCCAAAAUACUCUGACCUGUGCCAGGCUGGAGCAGCAAGUGAUGUCGUAGACAGGGCCUUUUGUACACCUGCUAAUGUUUUUAUAAAUGUAUGUUUUAAUGUAACUAUGUAGCACUUUGGGCAACAACGUUGCAAUUAAAUGUGCUAUAUAAAUAAAUAAUAACUGUUACUCCGCCCACUCCAGUUGUAGACUCUGGUGGAGGCAAGAACACUUCACACAAUUUCAUAUCAUACAUUCAUAACAUCCCCUGAUAGCCCCAAUAUGGGGGAGCAACAUACUGAAAAAUCACAAAGAUCGGUUCAAAAGUUUUAUUGGAGGUCUUAGUUUUACCGACCGCACACAAGGUGUAAGCCGAGGAUAAUUCUAUGCGUUUUGGCCGUGCGAUCGGUCUCCAUUCGUGAGGUUGAAAUGCAUGAAAAUGUACAAUAUAAUGGGUUGUGUCUUUGUUCGUAUGAUUCCCCUCAUUUGUAGGACUCUUUUCACCAAACGCGGCUCUGUCCCAUUGAUUUCCCACGAACUUAUGCGAGGAUGGAAGUCUCUUUGGUGUUCGUGCCAUCGAGUGUCCAAUUUGGGUUACAGACACUCAACGACCAAACACUGCUGGUGCAUAAUAUGUAAAGAUGGCCGCCACCACGUGUUCAUAUGUCGAACGGCGGCCAUCCAGGGAAUACCCAGUUAGUUUGUGCGGUUGGCAAUUAAGACAGUGUGAAUAAAGAUAGGGAGGUCAAUUAGUGCCACUCUUCUCUCCUGGGUGGCCUGGUUGUUCGGUAGUUUGUUAGUUUGUCGAACAAUAUGGCUUAACAUAGUGGGAAUAGGAUUCUUACCGAACAACCAGACGAAUGAUAUACUAGGACAGCUUGUUACUUGUUCCUAUAAGUAACGAACAGUUGCAAAUAAAAUAAAAUAAAGCAACAAAAGGGUUAUGGACAGCCAAUAAUAUAAAAGGUGGAUAGUAGCAAAACCCAUUCCGCUACAUAUAUUCCUAACACUGUAGUGUUAAACUAACUGUUUAGGUCUCCAAUGCCCCUCAGGUUAAAGAGGUGUUUUGUUCACUUUUUCUCCAGUGCCUCAACAGUCUCAAAGUGGCUGGCCCAGCCUCCAUGGCUGACACAAUCAAUUUUGAUAAUUUUAGCCAAUCUAAUGCUUUCCUAUAAGAAAGCUGUAAUGGUUCUGAUGACUAAAGUGUCCCUUUAAAUUGUGCGACAAUUAUGCUGAAGAUGGGUUAUUUUUGCUAUAAUCUACCUGUGAAAAUAUAUUACAGUGAGUUAAGCCAUAACGUUUCUGUACCCGAUACAGUCUUCAUUUUGUUCUUUCACACAUCCUGACCCUGUGACUUUACUGUUAUUAACAAAACUACCGAACUUUGCAAUCUGUCACAUAUACUCUAGACUGUAAAAUGGAUAUGACUUCAAAUAAUAAUUUGAUGUGAUGCUCACAUUACUUCAUAUAUGUACCAUAUCUGUCUUUGUUAUUUAAGUUUUUGAAUGAAUGGUCAAUUUUACAUGUGAAAAUAUACAGUAUAUAAAUAUUAUUUUAAUGGCUAUGUUUAUAGGUGAAAAAGGUGAUAUCGGGAACAUGGGACCACCUGGGCCAAACGGAGAUCCAGGUAUAUUUAUAUGUAUUUCAUACAAAUAUGCAGUUUAAAAUAGUAAAGGAACACUAUAGUCACCAAAACAACUUUAGCUUAUUAAAGCAGUUUUAGUGUAUAGCUCAUGCCUCUGAAGUUUCACUGCUCAGUUCUCUGCCAUUUAGGAGUUAAAUCACUAUUGUUGCUGUUUUGAUUGCUAUGCAUCCAUAGCCACACCUCCACUUGCUGUGACUCACACAGCCUGCAUGAAAACAAAAUGGUUUCAUUUUCAAUCAAAUGUAACUAAUGCCCCAUUUCCACUGAGCGGUAUGGUUCGGGUCAGUAUGAUCUGGUACACUAUUUUGAGUGUUUCCAUUAUGAAAGUGGCCCAUGCAACCUAACCAAACCACACCAUUCCUGGGCCCUCUUCAGAUGUAGGUCCAUAGGAAAUGGUACGGUACGGUUAGGGCAGAGCUAUUGGUGUCAUACUAUACAAUCCAUUGAUUGGUGGACAGGAAAACGUCAAUGCUCACGACAAAUGACACGCUAGGCUUUUGUCUAAACCCCACAUGCUCCCAGGCGGUCCGACUUGCAAUGGAAAUGCUCACCUGAAUAGGCUGGACAAUUCUAACCCUUCCGAAGUGUACCGACCUGAACCAUACUGCUCAGUGGAAACGAGGUAUGACUUACAUUUGUUUUUUAUCUCCUGUUUUGUAAAUUAAACUUUAAUCACACACAGAAGUCUCCUGCAGGGUUUAGCAAGCUAUUUACAAAGCAGGAGAUAAAAAAAGAAAUUCCAAAUUAAACAGGAUUUGCAAUAAAGCAAACAUUAGAUGACUCUUUACAGGAAGUGUUUAGGAAGGCUGUGUAAGUCACAUGUGUGGAGAUGUGCCUUGGGCUGCAUAAACAAAGUGAUUUAACUCCAGAGCGGCAGAGAAUUGCACAGUGAGACUGCAGGGGCAUGAUAUACAUCAAAACCGCUUAAUUAAGCCAGAGUUGUUUUGGCGACUAUAGUGUUCCUUUAAUACAUUCCAUAGUGUAUUUUAUGAUGUUAUUCUGUUAUGGAAUGGUCUCCAGGAUUACAACUCUUUUUCUAUUUCAUGGUGUAUAUUAUUAUAUUAUUCAGUCUGAUAAAAAUGGAAAUGGCUUCCAGGACUGUCUGCAUUUGACUUGGCAACUUUGUAUUAAGUUAAUUGUAAGAACUUGCAAGCAGUGUAAUUAAAAACAACUGCUGGAGAAUGAAGGUGGACAUUCCGUCACUAUAUACUACAAUUUAUUUAAAUAAUAGUUUAACCCCUUAAGGACUGAGCCAAUUGUACAUGUUGUGAUCAAAACAAAACGUAAACAAAACCUUGAAUUUGCGGUAUAUGUCUGUUCAGGCGUAAUUCAACUCUUUUAUAUUAUGUGCACUCACACAUAUCAUAUAUCAUGUAGUUCAGGAGAAACAAGGCUUUCAUGUCUCAAAUAUUUGUAUAUUAAACAUAACUUAAUAUGAAUAAAAUAUAUAUAAAAAAGUGAAAUUAAGAAAUGUUAUUUUUUUUAGUUCUGCAUGGCAUUUUAACUGUGAAUGGCAUAAUACUGUUUGCUUUUACUGCAAUAAAAUAUACAUAUUUGUAUUCAGCGAUGUCUCACGGGUAAAACAGUACCCCCAAUGUACAGGGUUUAUGUUGUUUUGGAAAGUUACAGGGUCAAAUAUAGCACAUUACAUUUUUCAGUUUAUACACAUCGAAAUUUGCCAGACUGGUUAUGUUGCCUUUGAGAUCAAAUGGUAGCCCAGGAAUGAAAAUUAACCCCAUGAUGGCAUACCAUUUGCAAAAGUAGACAACUCAAGGUAUUACAAAUGGGGUAUGUCCAGUCUUUUCUAGUACAGUCAUAAACACUGGAAUUCAUAUUUGUUUGUGUGUGAAAAAUGCAAAACGUUCUGUGAACGCUAAUUUUGGCCAGUGUUUGUGACUAAGUGGCUACUAAAAAAGACUGGACAUAACCCAUUUGCAAUACCUUGGGUUGUCUACUUUUGCUAAUGGUAUGCCAUCAUGGAGGUAAUUCUCAAUCCUGGGUUACCAUACGGUCUCAACUAAGACAAAAAGGCUUUUUAACCCUUUAUUUACCUGUAUCUAUGACAAGUCCCCUUUUCUCUGGUACAGCAGGUGAGAGUUAGGCAAGGUAUCUCUAGAUGUACCAAUUACACCUGUGGGCCUUUUAUUAAUUCUUUACCUCGAUUUACUCACUAUUUCUCACCAAAAGAGCCAUCAAGGGAAGCUUGCCCAGAUAUCUGUUACUACAGAAUAAUAUAUGUUAUUAAAUCCACAUCUUAGUAUGCAAUACAUCUAUAGGUUAAUGCAUUUAUUUAUUUAUAGCUCUGUAUGUCUAGGAAUAUUCACAAAGCAUUGCAUAGGUAAAAUAAUUCACUCUCCAUCCACCUUGAUCCUAACUCCCCAUCUAACUUCUGCCUUAUCCCACUACUACUGUUUGCCUCCAAGAUCCAUGAGAGAGCUGUGUACGCUAGAUUGACCGACUUCAUUGAAUCCAACUUUCUGCUUGACUUUCUUCAGUCUGGAUUCCGUAUUGGUCACUGUCAAAUUGGCUCUGAGUAUCCAGUGAUUUAAUUGCUGCUAAAUUCAGUGGUCGCUAUUCUCUCCUAAUUCUCCUUGACUAAUCUGCUGCUUUCGACACUGUUACUUAUCAGGAACAUUCCAGUGUUUCCUUUUCUGGCUUUUCUUCUUCCCCCGCAAACCCUCUCUGUUGGCCCUGUCCUUGUUCGCCUACUGUUUUCAAUCCAUACUGCCAGUCACUUCCCAAAUCCUUCUCUUCUUUCUCAAAAACAUAGCUUGCUUCUGCUCCUAUCUAAUGCCAGUUGCAGCUAAGGUGCUGGUCCAUUAUCCUCUUUCGCUUUGACUACUGCAAUCCGCUUCUCAGUGGUCUUACGUGUUCCCAGUUUGCCCCAUUACAGUCUAUAUUGAAUUCAGCAGUGAGGCUCAUCUUGUAGUCUUGCUGUCUGCACACACCUCCAAUUCAUCCCUGUGAUUCCAGAUCCAGGUUAAAUUCUGUCUUGAGGAUAGUCAUGACCAGUUCUCAAAGAGCCGAGGCAUCCAUUCUUGGUGCAUCCAUCCAUCCAAUCCGAACUGGAGGAGGAAUGUACAGGCUGUUUAUAAAUGACGUAAUAUGAUUUUAGUAACAUUUCUCCAAUGAACCUUUUUUGUAAAGCAUAUUAUUGUUAAACCAUGAAGCAAUGUGCACACUUAUCACUGUACAUAUUAUCAAAGGUAUCUAUGAAUAAUGUGCAAAGUAAUCAUGUUAAGCAAUUAAUAAUAUAUUAAUGAACCUAUACAAGACUGGAUUUAGACAAAUCUUUUGUUAUAUUGAUAUCAAUGAAUUAUUAUUGGUCUUUGAUUAAAGGAUUAUGUUAUAGCAGGUAUUUUUGCAGCAAAUGUGUGCUGCAAUAAAUGUGUUUAAUUUCUGGGAUAAAUGGCCUGAAAAACAUUAAAUCACUGGUUAACUCGACUGGUAUUCCCAUUAUUAUUAUUAUUAUUACUAGUAGCAAUUAUAUAGAACCAACAUUUUUCACAGUGCUUUUAAAAGAUAGAAUGUAGAUAUUGGACAAAUAAAUAACUGACUAACAAAACAAAAAGACGAGAGACAAAGAUAGCCUUGCUCCAACAAGCUUACUAUCUAUCCAUAUUGUAUCUUUUCCUCAACCACUAAAGUGUUACUGAAUUUCCAGGAUUCAUUUAACUGCUAGAGAAACACAGAAACAUUUAAAAAAACAUUUUCAUUGCCUAUUGAGAACAUUUUAACCUGUAUAUUUAUAUAAAAAUGGUAAAAGAAUGAUGGCAGUGAGCAUUGAUAGCUUAAAACUAUAUGUCAAUGUCCCAGUGAUCUGUAGGUGUUGGUAUUUGGUAUAAAAUACCUUAACCUUGUACUAAAUAAUAUAUUCAAAUAUCAGACAAAUUAAUCAUACAAACUGAUGUGCAUUGCUAGACCUCAUAUGCAAUCCAGUCAUUGCUUUGUUUCUGUAGGCAUCCCUUGCGAAUGUGGCCAACUCAGAAAAGCUGUUGGAGAGAUGGACAUCCAAGUGGCACAGCUAACUACAGAAUUAAAAUUUAUAAAAAAUGGUAUGUACUUUCUACAUAUUUCUUAGGACAAUGAGUAUAUAAGUUUCUGAAACUAGCCCAUCGGCUGAUUGUUACAAAAUGAUAAGCCUAAAGUCCAUCCCGAAUCUUUAUUUUAUUGUCAGCUGUUUAAUGUAUGAAAUGCUAAGCUGUCAAAAAAGGGCCAUAAAGAUAGAAAUCUCAAUGAAUUGGACUUAGAUUAGAUGAAGUGAUGAUGUAAUUUACUGAACCCAUUUUUCCAUGGUUAAGAUAUUUAGUUUUCUUCUUUUACAAGUUUUUGCUUUUGAUUUCAGAGAAUGCCAAAGGCAGAGAAUGUCUGGACAUUUUUUAAUAAUUGAUAAAUAUAGUGAUGUUGCCAAGUUUCGUAAGAGAUUACAAAAAAAAAAAGUUCUCUGUAACUAUAAAUAGACCAGAUAGAACCAGUAGAAAUGAUUCCUAGAACCACCUCACUGUGAAGUUUUGUAGACAGGAUGUGUAAUGUAUCAGUUGAUUGGAAAGGUGAUGAAACUCCCUCUGUUCCUGUGUGCCCAACUUGUCUGGUUACAAAUACUUGUCUGUUAGUCCACCCAUUGUACAGCGAUACGGAACUUGCUGGCGCUUUAUAAAUAAUAAUAAUAACUCACCUCAAUAAUUUUCUCAGAAGCAAAGAAACACCCACAUGUACUUUUAAAUAUUCCCCAUUUAAAACCAUAUUCAUACUAACUUUACCAAUCUUUGAUAACUUUGCACAGAGCUUAUAGGCUUUUGUGGAUAACUUUAACACUGCAGAAGUUUGCUGACUACAUUUCCUAUAAUGCUUAGAUGAACCACAACAAGGAGAAAUGUAGUUCCCAUCUGCAAUACCAAUGUGCCCCGUUAUCAACAAGCUACUAAUAUUUACAGUCUGCUUUAAGAUCAGUCCACUGAGCUUUUAGGGCAGAUAUUUCAUGGGUUUUAGAAACAUAUUAGACUUAUCAACAGUUUGAAGAAAAAUGAGUUGCAUGAUCAAAUGUAAGUUAUCAUAAAUUAUUUUAUUAAAAUAAGUAUUUCUCCUGCCUAAGUCUUUGUAAAUUUUGAUGGGUAACUUAGCAUUUUAUUUUUCAUUUUUUAUGAUAACAUCAAUUUUAUUUUUAGAUACCUAAAGUGGUAUUUUAAGUGAGGUGUUAACAUAAUACUUUAUCCAAAAUUACAUGCUAAAUCUAUGGUGGAUAGGACUACUUACCCUUUGAGCAAUAUUCCUAAUAUUAACAGGUGAUAUACAAUAUCAACAGUUACCUGUUUGAAUUAUUGCAAUGUACAUUAAGGUUAUUACAGAAAUACGAGUGCUCACUUUUCAGCACUGCCCUCCCCCGCAGUUGUUGCCGGAGUGCGCGAGACGGAUAGUAAGAUCUACUUACUGGUGAAGGAAGAAAAGAAGUACAUUGAUGCCCAGGCUUACUGCCAAGGAAGAGGCGGAACUCUCAGCAUGCCUAAAGAUGAGACAACCAAUAAUCUGAUUGCAUCAUACAUCAACCAAGCAAGCCUCACAAGAGUUUUCAUUGGGAUCAAUGACUUGGAAAAAGAAAGCCAUUUUGUGUAUUCUGAUCGCUCCCCACUGCAGACCUUCAACAAAUGGCGCCAAGGAGAACCUAAUAAUGCUUAUGAAGAGGAGGACUGUGUUGAGAUGGUUGCCUCGGGAGGAUGGAAUGAUGUAUCGUGCCUCAUUACUAUGUAUUUUAUUUGUGAGUUUGACAAAGAAAAUUUGUAAUUUUGUUUCCUUAAGAAAUCUUAUAAUUUAAAAAAACAUUUACAUUUAUCAAUAGCGCAUAAAAAAAAUGCGUGUGUUCAGUUAACUUUUUCUGCUUGAUGUUUCAUUUCUAGCAGUUUAUCAGCUUUGAAAAGAACAGUCAUGGCUAAAUUUGUGUCACUGGUAUCUAGAGGAAAAAUCGUUGUUUUCUUCACUUUGCAGGACUUUUGUUUUUGGUCAGUAUUUCGUUUCAUUUGAUGCUUUCUCUGAUGCUAAUUAUUGAGUAAAUCAAUCAUAUUUCAGGAGAGAAUUUGUCCAGUGCAAUCUCAUAAACACACUCCUUCUUCAAUCCCCAUUAUGGCUGCGUUUAUGUGUGCUCACAUAUUAUCAACGUGAGUGGUAUGAAAAUCCUUUAGAUAGGUUAAAGUGCAAAAUCUUAGUCACGGAGAAGAGUCAAGGAUCAAAUGAUGUAUCCCUUUAAGAUGUACCUUUAAGAUGUUUAGAUAUGCUUAACUUACUAUUUAUUAGGCUAUUAAAGUCACUGGCACACAUUCAGUAUAUUACUUAUACUGUUUUGGAAAAUCUCCUCUGAAGGACACUGGCUGUAAAGCAAGUUAUUGUUGUUUCAAUUUAGUAAUGAAUAACCAAUCAGGAAGGAGACCAAAGACAUGUUGUUUGGAAUUGUAAGACAGAAUAUCAUUUUACACAGUUCCGUACAAGAGGCACACAGGGUAGUCCAGAAGCAGAAUGGGGACAAUGGCUGUUAUUAUUAUUAUAUUAUUAUAAUAUAUUAAACAAAUGAGCCACUUUGUUUUUAAACGAAAAGUCCACUUUGAUGUGAUAAGGAAAACUUCACUUUAUAGUAAACAUAAAUAGCUAGCAUAUAUCACAGGGAUGUAAAAAGGGAAAGUUUACAUUAUACACACAUGAUUUUUUAGAAAUCAGUUUAUUUAUAAAGCACCAGUGAUGCCCAAUCCCAGAGAGGCAAAACACAAGUACUUAGUGGCAUAAUAUCAUCCAUUUAUUUAAUCCAGAAAUAUUUUUUUAGCCAGUUUUGAAGUUUGAACUCUAUGGAGAGUAGCUGUGCAAUCAUAACUGAUCAGUCUCGACUUUAGAACAGUAACAGAGGUUGAAAAGCUUCAAAUUUUCUGUGAAGACAGAAUUACCUUACAUAAUAAGGCCUAUAUUCACAAAAUAGUCUAUCACGUUAACAUACCUCCUGACUCUAGCAGGCACUGUGGAGGAAGGUUAUUGAAGAGUCGCUGACACAUUUCUGUCUAAUAUUCUGCAUAUUUUUGGCACAAUUUCUAAAUCUGUAGUUCUUGUUUUUUUUCCCUGUUGCUUUUCUGUGCCCUGACCACCAUUUUUGAACUUGCUCCAUGUAACUGUCAACAUAACAGAUUUGUGUUUCUUUCUGCCACUUUUUCCAACAAUAAAGUGUUAGCAUUCCUGCCACUAUAAAUGUUGUGGUUUUCUGAACUGGAAAAAUCUGUGAAAACAUGCAGAAUUUACCAUAAGUAAAACCAUCACUUAAUUUAUUUAAACAUAAUUAUUUCAACAACAACAACUGAAUUUGGAGAGUAUAGAAACUGAAGAUGAAAGUGAGAACAUACUGUGUUAGUGGGUAGUUUAUACUUGGCACACAGAAAAAUAAUGGACGCAUAAAAGACAAAACAAAAUCUAUAUUUAUAAAUAUAGAUACAUUUUAUAUUUAUAAGUCACUAAAUAAUCACUGUUUGUAGAGUACGCAAAUGGAUUUUAUUGAGAGUCCCCAUUGGAAAGGAAAAUAUGGCAUUAAAAAAAACAAAUAUUAAAAAAACAUGAAGAAAAAACAUAAGCAAUACCGACACUAUUUAAAAAGUAACAAUAUAUCUAUAUAUUUUUACAUUUUUUAUUGCAUAAAACUUUUUUUUUUUUUUUCAAGAUAACUGAACAUGGUUAAAGUAUAAUUAAUUCCUUUAACACUUGUUCAAUUGUGGGUAAGUCUGAGACAUUUGGAAAAAAAUAGUAAAGGCUGACAAAAUGUCUGUAAUGUGCCUUAAACUAGCACCGCUCCCAAAGAAAAUAAAACCCCAAGUAAAAGAGUAUAUAUUAUAAAUCAAAAUUGGCAGUAACAGAUGGAUUGGUUUUGUCCUAUCUACCUUCGCAAUCUAUAUUUGCAUAGAAUAUAUCACUACUGCAGAAAGUAUUGUUUCUGGCUGAGAGCACUGAAUUUAUUCAGGUUGACAAUAAACUCUGCAGAUUACCCAGAAUAUGUUAAAUAGUAUUUAAAAUUCCUGAUUUAAUACUUCUUCUUUUGCAUUGGACACUUAUCUGUAUUUCAUGAUGUCCUAUCUGAAACUAUAUGUGUUGUAUAAUGACUACAUGAUUAAACUUAUAAGUAAAUAAAUGAAUGAAGUUUC